AUGGAGAAGUUUGUAAGUGUGGAACCUUGGCGAAAGUCGCAUGCAGAUCACUUUCGUCUCCUUCAAUCCUCCUGUCUUGAAUUCCGCAUGCAAGAUCAAUUUGUCUCCCUCGGUUGGUUUUCACCCUCUCAGAUCCUCGUAUUGGAUGAGUACUGUGCUCGAUAUGGUGUUCGUGGAUGCCAUCGACAUCUCUGCUAUCUAGCUGACCUUCUUGAUAGAACUGAGAAGGGUGUUAUGAUUGAUCCGGCUCUUGUACAUUAUUCAUAUGCAUUUUGUGCAAGACAUAUUUUUGGUAGCGCACAAGAGAGCUCAAUUCGAACAGUACUCGUUGAUGAAAGGGAGAUGUUCUAUGAUAUUCGAACGAGGCUGUCUGCUCUUCUAGAGAAACAGAUCACAGAAUUUCGCUAUUACUUCCCAUUCGGACGUCCCGAAGGAGCUCUGAAGCAGACUCUUGGACUUCUGGAGAGAGUUCUUCAAAAAGAUAAUGGUACUCCCGCAUCGGCCGAAGAAGUUCGUGGUGUCAUUCGAAAUUGCCUUCAACAGGCAGCUCUUGUAAACUAUUCACGAGUCUCUGAAUACGCCUCCAUUGAAACUUCAGAGAAAUCAAUAUCCGAUCUCAUACAUCUUGCUGAACUAUGCAUUGAAGUACUUCGACAAAACGAGGAACACCAUGCUGAGGUAUCCUUUGCAUGGUUUAGUGAUCUCCUAACGGAGCAUGCGGAACUUUUCUGGUCCCUUUUUGCUGCCGAUAUGAUUACUGUCAUGGAAAAGAUACCGCCGGAUUGCUGGGACGCUUUUCCACUCUUUCAAGUCCUUAAUGACUACUUAAUCACAGAAGAAUGCCUUAAGGAGGGGAAAUUCCACCAACAAAUUCGCGAGAUGUUCGCUCCUAUGGUCAUUCGCUAUGUCGAUCUCAUGGAAGCCUCAAUCACCCAAUGCAUUCGUGGCGUUCCAAUUGCGGAGGGUAGUGGAAACGUUGGUGGAGGCGGCUCAAUGCUCAAUGGCGCAGAUAAUGUUAACAGUGGUAAUAGUGGUAGUAGUGGUUUGGCUUCGGCUCUUGGUUCUAUGGGCUCUUCACUAGCAAGCGCUGCUGUAAAUGCUGCUAGUGCCGCAGCGGCGGGAAGUGGAAGUCUUGUUACCGCUGCGGUUAAUGCUGCAAGUGGUGGAAGUAGUUCGAGUAGUGGAGCGACCAGCGGCUUUGGAUUUGGCGCGGGUGCUGUUAUUCCUGUUUCAUCUGACGAACUUAUUUGGAAGUUGGAAGCCCUGCAGACUUUCAUUCGUGAGUUACACUGGACGGAUGCAAUAUUUGCAGAGCAUUUGGAUAAUCGAUUAAAGAUGAUGGCGGCUGAUAUGAUUGAUGCUGCUGCUAACAGAAAUCAGGAGUGCUUUGACGCUUGGCUCAGUCGCUCCUCAAAAGGGACCGAUUUCAUUCUCCCGAAUGAAUGCUGUAACAUGAUUAAUACAGUCGCUGCACUCAAAGCCAAUAUUCUCAAACUUUGUACCAAAGAAACUCAAGGAGAAGAUAUGCAUGAGUAUCACAACCAAACUGAGAAUAAUUUGGAAAAGAUUCAACGGAGAAUGGCGUAUAUUUUGAAUGAUAAACUAGGGCAAGUACUAGAAGGAACACUUGCUAGACUUGCGCGAUAUGAUUCCAACACGCUCCUUUCUUCUGUCCUGUCCUUAACGAAGCCAACGGAUGAGGUUGGAAAGGCAUAUGUAGAAUUUAUGCGCGUAAAUUUGGAACAAUUGCGACAGAAGUUAUCUGAUGAGGUUUACGUUCUAUCCGCCAUGGAGAAAAUGUACUCAGACUUUGAACUUCAAGGUAUAUCGCCAGACGCCCUUGAUACUAUGAUGUAUAAAAGUAUCUCCCGACGCUUACAGGUUGAAGAAGCUACUAUUGCAGUGCAAUCAAAUUCCACUUCAAGCCCCACUCGUUCAUUGCUGGGAACUAUUACUGGUGGUUUUAGCGGUCUCUCCAACAGUAUCCCAAAGCCCAAUUUUCUCAGUAGAAUAGGGUAG